GUUGCUGCGGUGAUGAUGGCGGCUCGGGAAGCGCAGGCUGCCGGCUCGGCCUGUGAGCUGGGGGUCCGGGAACGGCUGGCUAGCGGCAGCACGGUGGGAGACGAGUCGUCGGACAGCGAGGCCGAGCACGAGUCCGUGCAGAAGCUGAUCCGCAAAGUGUCCACCUCCGGCCAGAUCCGCAGCAAGGCUAUUAUAAAAGAAGGUCUUCUAAUGAAGCAGACAAGUUCAUUUCAGCGCUGGAAGAAAAGAUACUUUAAGCUCAGGGGACGGACACUAUAUUAUGCAAAAAACGCAAAGUCCAUCAUAUUUGAUGAAGUGGAUUUAACAGAUGCCAGUGUUGCAGAAUCCAGCACGAAAAAUGUUAACAACAGUUUUACAAUAAUUACUCCUUUCCGAAAGCUGAUCUUGUGUGCUGAAAACCGCAAGGAGAUGGAAGAUUGGAUCGCAGCGAUGAAAAGUAUCCAGAACAGAGAUCACUUUGAGUCAACCCAGUACAGCAUGGACCAUUUCUCAGGGAUGCACAACUGGUAUGCCUGCUCACACGCACGGCCAACUUACUGCAAUGUGUGUCGAGAGGCCUUGUCGGGGGUUACGUCUCAUGGAUUGUCUUGUGAAGUGUGCAAGUUCAAAGCUCACAAACGCUGUGCUGUGAGAGCAACCAACAACUGCAAGUGGACAACUUUGGCCUCAAUUGCUAAAGAUAUUAUUGAAGAUGAAGAUGGGGUCUCAAUGCCACAUCAGUGGUUGGAAGGCAACCUGCCUGUCAGUGCAAAAUGUACUGUCUGUGACAAAACUUGUGGCAGUGUUCUACGCCUGCAGGAUUGGCGCUGCCUGUGGUGCAAGGCGAUGGUACACACAGCCUGUAAAGAAAUGCUUCCGAUUAAAUGCCCUCUAGGACAAUGUAAAGUUUCUGUUAUUCCUCCGACUGCACUCAACAGCAUUGACUCUGAUGGGUUUUGGAAAGCAACGUGCCCUCCAUCAUGUACCAGUCCACUUCUUGUGUUCGUGAACUCUAAAAGUGGCGAUAACCAGGGAGUGAAGUUCUUGAGGAGAUUCAAGCAGUUGCUGAACCCGGCUCAGGUGUUUGACUUGAUGAACGGAGGCCCACAUCUUGGUUUGCGGUUAUUUCAAAAGUUUGACACAUUUCGAAUUCUUGUGUGUGGUGGAGAUGGCAGCGUUGGAUGGGUGUUGUCUGAAAUCGAUAGUCUCAAUCUCCAUAAGCAGUGCCAGAUGGGAGUUCUACCUUUGGGAACGGGGAAUGACCUGGCACGUGUGCUUGGGUGGGGAUCAGCCUGCGAUGAUGACACGCAGCUUCCUCAAAUCCUGGAGAAACUGGAACGAGCAAGUACAAAAAUGCUGGACAGAUGGGGUAUCAUGGUUUACGAGACAAAAGUGCCGCGACAUUCCUCAUCUUCAUUAGGGACAGAGGAUUUCAGUGAUGAUUCCGAGGUACAACAGAUUUCAUUCUAUGAGGAUUCAGUUGCUGCACACCUUUCAAAAAUCCUGACGUCAGAUCAGCAUUCGGUAGUAAUAUCAUCGGCAAAAGUGCUUUGCGAAACAGUUAAAGAUUUUGUUGCCCGCGUUGGGAAGGCUUACGAAAGGACAACAGAGAACUGGGAAGAAUCAGAGACUAUGGCGAGAAAGUGCUCUGUCCUCAAAGAAAAACUAGACUCAUUGCUUAAAACGCUCAGCGAUGAAUCCCAGGCAGCAUCAUCCCUACCAAACCCACCACCAACAAUUGCUGAAGAGCAGGAGGAUUGCGAGACAACCAAUAUCAUGUGCGACCUGGCUGAGGACAGGCCAGCCUGUUCCCCCAGGCCACAGAUAUUCCGGCCAAGAGAGCAACUCAUGUUGCGAGCAAAUAGCUUGAAGAAGGCAAUACGGCAGAUUAUAGAACAUGCAGAGAAAGCUGUGGAUGAACAGAAUGCACAGACACAGGAUCAGGAAGGUUACACCUUUGGUCUCUGUUCAGAGGAAGAAAGGAGAGAACCCCAAACUGAAGACAAGAUUUCGCUGCACUCCUCAUAUAGUGCCACUGUUAAAGGAAGGGUCUACCGGAAAGUGCCAAAGUCUCCAUGUGAAAGGAGGAUCAGUAAAGGAAGCCUAUCAAUCGGCAGCUCUUCCUCACUUCCUACUCCAACAGCAAAUCGAGAUAACUUGCCAAUGCUUAACUCCAAGAUUCUUUACCCGAGUUUAAGAGCUGGAUUGGCUGCUUCCUUGGCUGGCGGAUCUGUCAUCAGCAAAAUGUUAUUUGUCCAUGCUGAUACUGUGAACCCGGAGCCUGAUGUUCUAAAUGGGUAUACAGAAAAAUGUGUCAUGAACAAUUACUUUGGUAUUGGAUUGGAUGCCAAAAUUUCUCUCGAUUUCAACAAUAAACGGGAUGAACAUCCAGAAAAAUGCAGGAGUCGUACUAAAAAUAUGAUGUGGUAUGGAGUUCUCGGAACUAAGGAACUGCUGCACAGAACCUACAAAAACCUGGAGCAGAAAGUACUAUUGGAGUGUGAUGGACAGCGCAUCCCUUUGCCAAGCCUGCAGGGUAUUGCAGUGCUAAAUAUCCCCAGCUAUGCUGGUGGCACCAACUUCUGGGGCGGAACCAAGGAAGAUGACAUUUUCACAGCCCCUUCUUUUGAUGAUAAGAUCCUGGAGGUAGUGGCUGUGUUUGGCAGUAUGCAAAUGGCAGUCUCACGAGUUAUCAACCUUCAACACCAUCGAAUUGCUCAAUGUCGUGCCGUAAAGAUCACAAUCCUCGGUGAUGAAGGGGUACCAGUGCAAGUGGAUGGAGAAGCAUGGAUCCAGUCCCCUGGCUACAUCAAAAUCAUUCACAAGAACCGUGCACAGAUGCUGACCAGGGAUAGGGCUUUUGAGAGUACCCUCAAGUCUUGGGAAGACAAGCAGAAAUGUGAACUACCUCGCCCAUCCUCUCAACAUGCCUUGCAGCCUGAGACAGUUUCAGAAGAAGAAGCUGCUGAGAUCAAUCAGUUUGGCCGAGCGGCUGGAACGCUCAUUCACAGGAUUCGGGAGACAGCACAGCUGCAUCAUACCAUGGAGCAGGAGCUUGCACAUGCAGUAAAUGCCAGUGCCAAAUCCAUGGACAAAGUUUACGCAAAGUCAAAAACAACUGAGGGCCUGAGUUGCAGCCUGGUGAUGGAAAUGGUCAACAAUGGGAAAGCUUUACACAACGAGACAGAGCUUCUUCUGGCAGGAAAAAUGUCUCUGCAGUUGGAUCCGCCUCAGAAGGACGAACUCACUGGAGCUCUAGCUAAUGUGGACUUGCAGCUUCGGAAACUAGCGGAGAUUCCUUGGCUAUGUCAGCUUAUCGAACCAAGUGAUGACGAGGGCCAGUUAUUAGAAUAUUCUAAGCGCACGCGUAGUGCCAAAUUUCGUCUCGUGUCAAAGUUAAAAAAAGAGAAAAACAACAAGAACAAGGAAACCAGGGGGAAUAUGGGACUACCAGGUGGCGCUGCUCUUCGCUUUCCCACAGUGCAUCAGUGGGGUACUGAGGAGGUGGCAGCCUGGUUAGAGCAUCUUAGCCUGUUCGAGUACAGAGACAUCUUCAUCCGGCAUGACAUCCGUGGUUCAGAGCUCUUGCAUCUGGAGAGACGAGACCUGAAGGACUUGGGGAUAGCGAGAGUGGGCCACAUGAAGCGAAUCCUACAUGGAAUCAAGGAGUUGAGCCGGAAUACUCCUGUCAGCGAAGUGUGAUGUAUGUGUUCAACUCCUGCAUAUACAGAGCUACCUAAACUUCCAGUCCAUUGCAUUGAGGACCAAAGAGGCUAACCUUGGGCUUUAUGCAUCACCUUCAGCUAAUCGGAGAAUGUGGCCUUGAAACAGCCAACAAAUAACAAAACAGUAAGAGAUCUGAUUAAUAAUCUCCCACCCUGUAAAAAGUGGGAACAAGGCUUAACCAAUCAAACUGAUGCUGCGUUCAAGGUAAAAAUCUGUCAAAUAAGAAUUAAAGUUACCUCAAGCAAAUAUCCAUGGCAACCAGUUAGAUUGGAUUUAACUCUGAAGAUCACCUAGAUCUCAGGCUGAAUGUGAUCUGUCUAAAAUUUAACAGUGAUCGCAAUGAAGAGGAAUCAUGAUCCUUCGACUAAGGAAUGUACUGCACACCAGUGACUUAAUCUCAGAAACUGUUUUCAAAAGGGACAAAGCAUCUCUUUAUUAUGUAUACUCAGUGAUUUAAUGAAACUGUAAUUUGGACAGAACCUGUGGUAAUUCACGCCCACAGAUAUUAACUGAACACGUCCAUACUGUGAUCAGUGACAGUUGUGGUUUGAUUGUGGAGCCCUCCAUUUCUCUCUCGUCAUAAGGGCUAUUCACACACCUUUUGCAGAAUACCAACUUUAAAAACAUGGAAGUGCUAUUACAAUGUCUUCCUCGAAACCCGUGGUAUUGAUGUGUUGUAUCUCAUUGCCUUUGUAACUUAGAGACAUUUAUGUAUUCCAGCGUGUCAAGAAGCAAUCUCAAGCUUGUGCAUGUGUCUUAGGUAGAACUGCACAGCCCCCUAAUAUAUUCUAAAGCCAAUCUAGCUCUUCAACGGUAGUGCAGUACUCAUGUGUUCUUACAUGAUACAGAUUGGAAAAUCAAAGAAAUGUGAUAACCAGUCCUGAAGUGUUUUUAAAGUUUCGAGAAUAUUUGGAAGUCAGUCCUGAAGUCUGUAUGGUGUCUGGAAAUGAGUCCUAGAGUGUCUGUGAUGUGUGAAAAUCAAUCCUGAAGUACUUGGGAUGAAUGACGCCAGUUCUUGAAAGUUUUGGAAUGUGUGCACCUGUGUGUGUGUGUGUCUGUGCCAGAAUCUUAAGAAAGAUUUACAUUUAUAUCACUUUUUAUGACUUCACAACAUUCCAAAUUACCUUACGACCAUCAGAUUCUGUUGAAGUGUAGUCACUGUUGUAAUUUAAGAAAUGCACACAGCAAGUUUCCACCAAGAGUGAUGUGUUACUAACUAGGCUGUCUGUUUAUAGCCAUAUUGGUUGAUAAAUGAGCCUUGCCCUAGACAGCAGAGCACACUGCUUCAGAUAAUGUUUUGGAACUUUUGUGUUCACCUGAGAGGGCAGACUCAUUUAAAAUCUCAUUUAAAACUUGAUACCUACAAUGCAGCACUCCUUUGAUAAUUUUUGAGUAUUUGGGAUGUGAGAGUGGAAAUCCCAUUGUACAUGAGAUGUGUGACAGUGAAUCCCAGCAUAUCUGAGAUGUGUGAGUGAAUGCCAGAGUAUCUGGCAUAUGUAGAAAUGAAACCUGGUGGAACUAGGAUGUGUAAGAGUGAAUUCCUGUCAAUCUGGGAUGUGUGUGUGAGAAUCCAGGUUUAAUCGGGAUGUGUGAGACUGAAUCCCAGAUUGUCUGGGACGUGUGUAAGUGUUUGAGUGAGUGAGAGAAGCCACGUGUCAGUGGGAUGUGAGAGAGUAAAACCUUGUCAAUCUGGGAUGAGUGAGUGUGUUUCCUGGUGAAUCUAAGAUGUAUGACAGUGAGUGCUGCAGUGUUUAGGAUGUCUGAAGAACAAGACAAAUAAAAGUUACCAACAUUUUCAGGGAUUCUGAUUUUGUUGUAUAUAGCACAACGUCAUACUCCUCAUCAUGAGCUGAUUGUUGUCCUUGAUUUUGCCCAGUAUUUGCAGUAGUUUUGCCAUUUCACUGCUGGAGGUUAUUGUGAUUUGUGAGCUAACACGUUGACCGCAAGAUUUUGUGGGACAAUGCACUUCCUUCAAGAUUUGUUUGCCAAUUUUUUUUUUAAAUGUUUAAUCUUCCUGCAGUUUUGCACAAUCCUCAGCUUGGAAGAAUAGAACUGGCUGAGAAUUCCUCUCAGAAUCUCUAAUAUACUGUCAACUUAAAUAUUGUUGAGGCACCUCCAAACCAAUUGUUCUAAUCUUUAUAUCUACAUCCUUCCAUGACCUUUUCCAUCACUAUUUCUAUAUCAUUCUCCCCCCAAACUCGCUAUUCCAGUUACUCUACCCUCAUUGUGCAUGCCUUCAGCCUUAAUCUACAUCCUUCCAUGACCUUUUCCAUCACUAUUUCUAUAUCAUUCUCCCCCCAAACUCGCUAUUCCAGUUACUCUACCCUCAUUGUGCAUGCCUUCAGCCUUCUUUGUCCUGCUCUCUGGAGUCUCUUAUCCUUGUCUCCUAUAAGUGUUUGCUUAACAUGUAUCUCUCUCAUAAAGCUUUUGAUCCCUCCUUGAUGAACUUUUCCUUUAAAUUAUUAUUUUUUCAUUUCCAUGCAUGUCUUCGAAUACCUUUUUGAUGUACUUUUUCUGUUGGAGCUGUAUUACAAAUACAACUGUGGCCUGCUGCUCUCAAGUUCAUCAUUCCUCUGUUUAAAUAGUGAAACUCACCAACACUGGAUUCUUAUAUACUGUUCCUAGAUAAUUUUCAUACCUGGGUUAUCCCAGAUUUUGCACCCCUCAUACAUCACCACCCUUGGUCUGGCAACUGUCCUUAAUAAACACAUCGUUUACUCCAAUGAACUUUAUUCAGGUGAACUAAUUCUCACCAAUUUGCUUUAUCUUGCAAUUUUUGAUGCAGUUUGCCUUGGUGCUGAAUUCCUGUGCAGGUCAAGCAAUGCAUUUAGUUGUUUCUAACAGCAGGAACAUUAUCUGCCAGUCAGCUUUUCAUAGUGGAACCCACACUAUUUCCCACACAAUCGUCAUAUCCAGAUCAUUAACGUUGGUGAAUUCUCCAACCUAUACGAUUGAAUAGCCGAAGCCAUUCUUUGCUUAGCCUAAUGUCCAUAUGCAGUUAGCCAAAAAUUAGCUAUUGGUAGGAAUCUGACAUAUUACAUGUAUAUGAAAAUGCUGGAGUAGCAUUUCCACACAUUGGCCAAUGAAUCCUCCUAUUUUUAUAGUUUUUGCCUCCAUGAUUACAGCCCACCCAAUGUAAGUUUCACAUCUCAAUGACUAGCAGGAAAAAUGGGUAAAUUCAGAGGGAAGUAUAAACUAACAAAUUAAAUAAAAACAUAGUUCCAAAUUAGUCAUAACGCAGAUCUUUGAAAAAAGUUGAGUCCACCCGUUCUACAAUUACUAUCUGAUAGAGCUGUGAAAAUGGAAUUCAACAUAAGGGAAAUUUUGUUACAAUUAGCCCAAAUUCUGAAAGUACCUGACAAUCAAAAAUCAGAACAAAGACCCAAUGGCAUAAGACGUUUUAUACAUAAAACUCCACAUACUAUCAUUUUGCUUUAUCACUGCACCGCAUUACCACCUUUUCAACAAAACAACCAUGCUGUAGUCCCAAAUUCACACCAUGUGUUGCACUCUGUUUUACUUAUCCACCUUUCUAUGUAACAUACUGUCUUCAGGCACACAUACCUGUCUUGACUAUUUGUACUUUUGAGCUCCAGACCCAUUAUUUGGGAAAAACCACCCCUCUUCUUACUGCUAAAAUAUACGUUUCUAUAAUUGACUACAUCCUAGUAAGGGUGCAAUGCAUUUGUGUUCACCUCCUCCCUUCACAAAUUCAUCUAAAUCAUUCAUUCUGUUGUUUGGAAAUAUUUUCAGCUGAACUGCCAUGUAAGUGACCUCUGCUGCUGUAAAUGAAGGUGCCAUAUUGAAAACACAGCAUACAUGGAAUAAGAGAUAGUAGGAACUGCAGAUGCUGGAGAAUCUGAGAUAACAAGGAGUAGAGCUGGAUGAAUACAGCAGGCCAAGCAGCAUCAGAGGAGCAGGAAGGCUGACGUUUCGAGUCGAGACCCUUCUUCAGGAAGAAAAACAAUUUUCUGAAGCAGGGUCUCGACAUGAAACGUCAGCUAUACUUGGAGUCAGGAUGUUGACUUUAAGAUGUCAGUUUUCACUCUCAUCACAACUACAUGUUGUAAAUUCACCACCUUUAUUAUGAGAUCGGUAACCUUUUGUAUGGCAACAAAGAUUACUGUUUAAUGCAAAUAUUGUGGUUGUAAGACCUGAUUCCCCUCUUGUUAAAAAAGAGUACCGAGUAAAAGAUACUUAAGGGUUAAUUAUUUUUUGCAUUUUGAGGAAUCAGUUUUAACAAAAAAGAAUUAUCAAAGUUGUUAACGCAAAUGUAAAAACAUCAUUCUAAUUCAAGAAUAAGGUAGAUGUUGGAGCAAGGAAGACUUUGUUGAUGGAUUAAUAUAUUGUUAGCAGGGAAAUGUUAUAUUAAUGGAAAACUGUCUUUACAGAGAAGGCGGGAUGGUGCAUUAAUGGAGAGGCAAAAUCAUAAUGGUGUUUUAAGGGAGACACUGAGGGCUGAAUUUUCAUUCAUGAUCCCAAAUAAAAUAUCUGUUAUCCCUGCUGAAAUAAGGCGGGAUCACAGCGCACAAUGUUGUCAUACUGCCUUGGCAUGGAUUUCCCCCCCAUUGAACCAAGGUUAGUCUAAUUUUUUAUUUGCCCACAUUAUGGAGAUGGUGAUUGGAGGAUAGUAACCAGGAGCCCACUGGAAUUUCCUGGUAUCUGUCUCUCUUAGCACAGCUUCCUGGCAGCACUAUAUGGAAGGUGACAUUAGGCCCAAGAAACGUUGGUAAUAGCCUUGAACUCCAUCAAAAUAAAGAGGAGGCUUUGUGGCAGCCUCCCUCACAUCCAUUCUCAUUUCCAUUUAUCUUCCUUGCAGCAAGAAUUCAAUCAAAAACCUACCAUGCGUAUCAGAUAGCCUGCCAAGGCAGGAAAUUGUUUUGAUUUGUGCCAAAAUUGGAGGGGCAGGCAGGAUUCCUGCCCAACCUAAACCAUACCCCAGAGAGAAGAACAUAAAUAACUGAAUAGAGCAGCAGUGCAUUAACGGUGAGAAACAAAUGGGUUGAUGAAGAAACAUGGUACUUUAGCAUAGAGCAAGAAAUAUUGCAUUAACAGCUCUCUUGUUUUAAGCGAGAUUAUGUUUUGAUGCAGUGAAGUCUGGGCAGUUAAGCUUCCUACUAGUAGGACAGAUUGGAUUUAAAGUACUUUUAUAGCUUUUAAUACUUCAAUAUAACUGACAUUUAUUGAGACUACACUUGCAUUCAGAGGGAGACUGCUGGCUUCUGUUGAAAGGCGUCCAUAACUGUUAAAUAUGAGACUGUGUUACUGCUUAGUUCUGUUUAAAGGAAGAUUACAGUUCUACUUAAAGGGAGAUCACAACUCACUGCCCUGUUCGAAGAUAGCUGCUCAGUACUGUUGAUGUUUUUGUGCCUUUGUUUGCCAGCAAAGGAUCUGGCCAGAGACUCCAGACUUGACACAGAUGAAUGCAGGUUUCACUGCACCUCUGCCUUAACUCGCCAAGUGACUGAAUUCCUUGUUAUUUACCUCAGUCUCUGGAACACUGUUUUAUUUAGAGAGCACCCAAUGGACCAGGUUCACUGGGUUCUGUCUAUCUUCUGCCUCUCCAUGAGGUCUGCAUGUUGUAUUUAUUCUUAAUUUAUAUAUAAAUAUGGUUGUGACUGUAUUUUUGUACAUAUUAAUUGUCAUUUGAUGUAUAUAUUUCCUGUAAAUACAAUGGGAUUGAGUCCAAU